GCACACUAGAUCACUAGGCACAUCUAGCACUAUCACCAGAUGGCAAGGUCGGUGCAGCGGGCAGCUGCCCUUCUCCUGGCAACGGCAUGCACGCUUGCUCUGCUCACGCUGCAGCUGCAGCCCUGCGCCGGCCAGCAGCAGCCUCCCUCCCCCGGCUACUACCCCAGCGCCACGCUCCGGCCGUCGUCCUUCUCCGAGGGCUACCGGACCCUGUGGGGCCCGCAGCACCAGACGCUAUCGCCGGACGGCAGGUCCCUGACGCUGUGGAUGGACCGCAGCUCCGGCAGCGGGUUCAAGUCGGCGCGGGCGUACCGGAACGGCUACUUCGGCGCGUCGGUCAGGGUGCAGCCGGGCUACACCGCCGGCGUCAACACAGCCUUCUACCUGUCGAACAGCGAGGAGUACCCGGGACACCACGACGAGAUCGACAUGGAGCUGCUGGGGACGAUCCCCGGGGAGCCGUACACGCUGCAGACCAACGUGUACGUGCGCGGCAGCGGCGACGGCACCAUCGUCGGCCGGGAGAUGAGGUUCCACCUCUGGUUUGACCCCACCGCCGACUUCCACCACUACGCCAUCAUCUGGAACCCCGACCAGAUCCUGUUCCUGGUGGACGACGUGCCGAUCCGGCGGUACGAGAGGAAGACGGAGGCCACGUUCCCGGACCGGGAGAUGUGGGCGUACGGCUCCAUCUGGGACGCCUCCGACUGGGCCACCGACGGCGGCCGCUACCGCGCCGACUACCGCUACCAGCCGUUCGUGUCGCGGUUCGCGGACCUCAAGAUCGGCGGGUGCGCCGCGGACGCGCCGCAGGGCUGCCGACCCGUGCCGGCGUCACCGUCGGGGUCGUCGGCGGCGCUCAGCCCGCAGCAGGAGGCCGCCAUGCGGUGGGCGCAGCGGAACUCCAUGGUGUACUACUACUGCCUCGACUCAUCCAGGGACCACGCGCUCUACCCCGAGUGCUGACCUGUACUACCGCACCGCUACACACUGCAGAGCUGAGGGUCGUUGCAAUUUGCAACUGCAGCUCCCAAUCAUAUCCAAAUCAAACGCGUGUCUAAGCGCAACUUAGAAGUAAAAAAUAAACAGUGGAAAAGGAUGCAAAUUGCUUCAAUCCGAAAGAAGUUAUUAAGACAUGGUACGAAAAAAAUGAGUCCUGAAUUUGGUCGAAAGGGUAUCAAGAAGAACAAGUGAAUGCCUGAUGUUACGUCUUAUAGUGAUGUGCAAUGAUGAUACUGGUACGAUACAAACUGAAAAUAUCGGCAUAGCAAGAAGCAUCUCUAAAGUGUGACAGAUUGCU